UGAUUUUCAACAAAUUGAAAGUGCCGGAAUGGAACAGCUCCGGCACAUUGGUGAGGUUCUUGGAAGUCUAAAAGCGCUAAUGGUUUUAAGCGACGAAAUUCAAAUCAAUCAACGACAAUGUUGUUUGCUCCACGACAUAUUUACUCUAGCAUUCGAUACAAUCGCAGAUGAGAUAAGGCAGAAUCUGAAGCUUGAAGACAGAACUACAAAAUGGAAGCCUCUUGAAUGUCCUCUUAGAGAGCUAUCAAGGGUUUUCAAAGAAGGCGAACUAUACAUUAAGCAUUGUUUGGAUUCAAAAGAUUGGUCAGGAAAAGCACUCACACUUUCUCAGAACAGAGAAUGUGUUGAGUUUCACAUUCACAACUUGCUUUGCUAUUUCCCUGCGGUUAUUGAAGCGAUUGAAAAUGCCGGGGAGAUGUCAGGGUUGGAUCAGGAUGAGAAUUCGAAGAAGAAAUUGAUGCUUGCAAGAAAAUAUGAUGUGGAAUGGAAUGAUCCAAAACUUUUUCAGUGGAGAUUUGGCAAACAAUAUUUGGUUCCAAAAGAAAUUUGCAAGCAAUUGGAGAAUGCUUGGAGAGAAGAUAGGUGGAGGCUCAUAGAAGCACUCAGAGAGAAAAAAGGUUCUUCCAAACUCACUUAUUCAAAGAAUGAUCAACAUUUUGCAGAUAUGUUGUUGAAGAAAUUGAUGAAUGGUAAUUCAGAUAAAACUAAUCACAAAAACAGUAAUGAUAAAGUAUUGUGGCCAAUUGGUGUUUUGUUAGGAUCCAAAGAUUACCAAGUGAGGAGAAGAUUGGGAAGGGGGAAGGAAUUUAAGGAAAUUCAAUGGUUAGGACAAAGUUUUGCUCUGAGGCAUUUUCUUGGGGAGAGAGAAGCUUAUGAAAAUGAGAUUUCCAAUUUGUUAUCACUUUCUCACCCAAACAUAUUGCAAUAUCUAUGUGGUUUUUAUGACGAAGAGAAGAAAGAGUUUUCUCUCGUGACGGAGUUGAUGAACAAGGAUUUGUGGACAUACAUGAGAGAGAAUUGUGGUCCAAGGAGACAGAUUUUGUUCUCUAUACCUGUAGUGGUUGAUCUCAUGCUUCAAAUGGCUAGAGGCAUUGAAUAUCUCCACUCCAAAAACAUUUACCAUGGAAACCUUAAUCCAUGUAAUAUCCUACUAAGAGCUAGAAACUCACAAGAAGGUUAUUUUCAAGCAAAAGUUGUUGGAUUUGGGUUGUCAUCUGUUGAAAAUGGUGAAAUUUAUAAUGCUUCUAGAUCCUCACCGACACAUAAUCCAAUUGGUGAAGAGAUUAACCCUAUAAUUUGGUAUGCACCUGAGGUUUUAACUGAGCUAGAACAAAUGAAAAAUGCUUUUACCUCUUGUAAGUACUCAGAGAAAGCCGAUGCAUAUAGCUUUGGUAUGAUAUGUUUUGAGUUGUUGACAGGGAAAAUUCCUUUUGAGGACAAUCAUCUUCAAGGGAUUAGAACCAACCAAAAUAUCAAAGCAGGAGAGAGACCUUUGUUUCCAUAUCGUUCGCCAAAAUAUCUUGUGAGUUUGAUCAAAAAAUGUUGGCAAACUGAUCCGUCUCAGCGUCCUAGUUUCUCGUCUAUUUGUAGGAUUUUGCGCUACAUCAAAAAGUUUCUUUCAAUGAACACUGAGUAUGUUUUGAUCAAUCCUGAACUAAAUCAGCUUGAACUUCAGAACCCACCUGUAGAUUGUUGUGACAUUGAAGGAAUUUUUCUCAAGAGUUUUCCAAUGGAGAGGACAUAUAAUAUGUCAUUUGUUUCACAAAUACCUUAUGAAAUGUUUGCUUAUAAAGUUGUUGAAAAAGGGAAGAUUAAUAAUCAGAAUAUGAGUAAUAUUACUAUUCCAACUAUAGAUAAUAAGGGUAGUGAGUCUGAGCCAACAAAGGAUGUGGCUACUGUUCGUAGCGAAGAAAGUGAUGACCAAAGCACAGUUUUUGAAGAUAUUGAUGCAUCCAUAAUUAAAGAUCUGGUAACCUAUCCAAAAUCAAUUUCUGGUGACACACAGUCUAUUUUUUAUGAUGCCCCAUCAAAGAAGAAAGUUACAAUAAAGAAACCAUCACAAAUGAAGCCAAAGAAAGACCAAGGAACGCCUAAACUGCAAGCAACAAAAUCAUUACCACCAACAUUAUCUGGUCGGGUUUCAAGGACAAAUAAGGUGAACCAGUCAUCAUUGACAUCAAGUUUUAUAACCCCAGUUAAAAGAAGGCCUCCAAAAGUCUCAGAAUCUGAGAGGAAAUCCAAUAUUAACAAAGGGAAUCAGUCAGCAUCAGUGUCAACUUCAAGCUCAGUUAGAAAAAAAAUACAUGGAGGCAAUGUCUCCGAUUCUAAGCCUAGUUUAAAUCUGAAAACAAGAGACCAAUCACCAUUUAACAGGUUAAAGACAAAAAAAUCACAACUAACGAUGAAUUCUUCUUCGAGUCCAACACGAAUAAGACGUGUCAAUAGUACUAACAACAGCAUUGUGAGGAUGCAAAAAGGGUUCAUUUCAACACCUCCAAUGAGUCCUUCAAGGUCAUACGCCAGAAGAUGCUGCCAUGCUUCGGAUAUGGAUAGUUCUUUGAAGAUACGAGGUAGAUUGUCACCAUUUCCAUUGAGUCCUUUGAGUCCAUAUGUGAGCAAUCAAAGGAAUAGAAGAGGAAGCUUGUCACCAUUAGCAUUGAGCCCUUUGAGUCCUUAUGUAAGAACAACAUAUGGUCAUGUCUCAGAUUAAGGACUUUUAUGUCUUUUAGCACUUGGGGUGGAAGAUUGGUUGUUACUUUAUGUUCUUUAGCAGAAUUACUAGUCCUUAGAGGCUUAGUGAGUGUUUGGUGUGGCGCAAUAUGAGAAAUCGCGGCAGAAAAUCACAUUGACGUGAAAGCCAUGAUUUCUAGCUUCUGUCUUUUCACGGCUAUUGCUCUUUGAGACGUAGUUUAGCACAUAUACCGCCAAACCAAACAGGCUAUUAGACCAUUUAGAAUCAAACAGAUUUCCUCAGGAUUUUAAUUUACACGGGGCAUGUAUUUUGUUAAUGUAAAUGAGAACCAGAAAAUGUAGCUUUUAUGGGAAGGUUACUUAGAAGUUCUAGU